AUGCGCCCUGAUGAAGGUGUUAACGACCUGCGAAGCUUGUUCGUUAAUAAAGUUCUCCGAAACUUUGAUAAAGUGGAAACUUGUAGGCACGUUCUGGGUUUUUCGUUCACGUUUUUUGUGCACGGCGAAAACAACGUCUGCGUGAGUGUCAGCGUUCAGCGACAACCACCUCUUUAUCGGCUGUCUCGGCAACAUUUGACUUGCAAAAACGGUUUACUGCCUGUCAUGUUGGCGCCGUGGUGUCUGAACGGCGUAUUGAAGGCGGAUGCUGAUGUGAAGUGUGACGUUGACUGCCAGACGGAGAAGCUAUGGAGAGAAUGGUCUCAGUUUUUCCCCCUACCAAAUACAGACGCCACCGAAAACAUGGGUUACAUUGACCCGGUAGAGAAGGAACAACAAGACAAGCAGAAGGCGAUGUCGCUGCCGAAGAUGGUUGAUGUUCUAAUCGGUGGUGUAAAGAUGAAGUAUCCGAGUAUCUUCAUUGCGGUCGCUGAUGACGAGACGAAUCUGGAAGAUGACCAAGGCAGGAUGAGAAGCGAGAGCGGCGUUUCUAACAGGGGUUUGGCUGCAGACGAGUUCAGGCGCUUAUUGUCUGAGCACGUCAUCGAGGACCUGUCGCUUGAGCACCAUGGUGACGUCGUUGUUGCAGGCCCACCCUGCGGCACUGCAUGUGAUAUGCAGACUGCGGUUGCUUCUAAUCCCGUGGCGACGUCCACGUCCAACAUGGUUCCCGCCGACGAAAAUAUUGGUGCUUGGAACUUCAUAGACCUGUGCGAGAAGGAGUCGUGUCUGUGCAAGAAGAUGGGAGGCAGUCUAGGCAGUGGCAACAGUGCUGUUGGCUUGUCCUUCCCUAUACCAAACAAGGCGCAGCUUAAAUUUGGUAUCGCUUCCUGCACAAAUGGCAAUGACGGCAAAAGUUCUUCAGAGGACAAGAACGGCAUGAACAAGGCGGGAGGCUUUUUCCAUCGUCGUUUCUUGAAUCAGGGUACAUCAAUGACCAAAACCGAGAACAGCCACGAAUGCUUCACCGACUGUGUAACUUGCGGCGCUCCUGGCGUCGUACAGGCUAACAUCAGCGACUCGACUUCUGGCGCCAAGGACGUUCCAGCGUCGACGGCUUCCUUCGGUCUUGCUGGCCACUCUGUGUUUGCUUCGUUGCCUGUCGCUGCUCAGGGCAACGGUGGGGCGUUGGAGGGUAACGGUGCGUUGGGGAUGGUUGCAUCGGCACCUACAGCGAUGGAACAUUUCCAGUUCAGUCGAGAUUUUGAACCUUUCGCGUCAUCAUCCGGUGACCGGCCUAAACUGACCGAGUACAACCGUGUAAAGGAGUGUGCAAAACCUGACGAGUUGAUUGUGAAACCGCAUUUCGAAGGAGGCGAAUAUGCAAACAUCGACUAUGAGCUCCUUCGACGCAAGCAAAGCGGCAUGCUCACAUUUGAUGACGCAGCGUCCGAGCUGUCGUCGGCCGCCACUGCAAAAGCUUCGUUGGAUCAACCAAACGACCUGCCCCCCGAUGAGAUCAGUGAAGAUUUUUACGACAAACUUGAAUGCGUGCCGUCGUGCAAUCCGCCGCACGAUCGCCGUGGUCGAUCAAUUUCCAAACGUCGCAAGAGACUCAAACUCCUGUCCGGCGUCAGUGGCUCACAGCACCUCCUGCACAACGCCACCAACGUUGGCUUCCCAUUUGCGCCAUCGCCAAAAUUCACAGCGAAGGACGAACCCUUGGAUUCACCUACUCCCAUCAGCGGACAGUCCACAACAGCGAUGAACGUGAAUGAUGCCGUCAAAGGGGAAUGCGACAAUGGUGGAUUUGGUGGAUUUCCAUCGUCCGGCGCUGCUUCGCUUCCUGACCAUAUCACCACCGGAAGCGGAAGCGACAACGAUGAUGAAACGAUAGACGCAUUUCUGUCUCCACCACCUAGUUACAGCAGGGAAGAGGAAAUGUUGGCAUUCUGUCAAAAGCAAACAUGUCCAUCGGAUGUUACUGCAAAGCUUGGCAUCAAAAGAGAGCCUACCAUUCUCGCCACCAGUGCUUCUUGUCGCUUAUCGGCCCUUUCGGCGUCAACUCAGAUGCCACCGCAAAACGGAACGACGCAGUCGUUUUCCAACGGCCAGCAGUCAUACGUUGCAGCAUCUGUGGAUCACCUAGGAAUUAUUUAUCCCACGCCUCCGUCUCAGGAAUCGGUGCAGCAGUUUUCACCGGAGUUAUCCACGCACAUAAUGGCGGUUUCAAACCACCACAAGGACACGGACGUGAAAUCACUCUGUGACAUGCCACCGUCGGACAGAACUGCCGCUAGCGGUGACACCGGCGGCGGUUCAAAGCGUGCCGCUUCUGAGCGUGACUGCGACAAACAGCCGCUCGACUCAUGGUCAGCCAUAAAGCGGCAAAACAUCACCGACGUCCCAUUGAGUGCCACAUACCUGUCCGCCCCCGCGUUUGUCUCAUUACCGUUGUCCCAGCUGAAGCACCUCAGUCCUAGUGUGGCGAAGGUGCCGAUGGUGUAUAAGCCGCGUAAGACUCACUCGACCACCAGUUUCGGUGGUCCCGGUGCCGUUCCAGCAAUGUCUCAUGUGCUGCCUUUUUCCAACGUCAUCUACGGCGGAGUCGGCGCAGGAGCUGCUAGUCUUUCAUCGUCUGGAGGCACGACAGGCAUAGGGUCUAUGGCCCAUUUCGGCCAACACGUUAAUUGCAGGAUGCUGCAGGCGCAUUCGUCUUGUACCGGUAUCGGCAUUGGCUUCGAUUCUCCUGUCCGCAACAACCUAUCAGCACCCGGCUCAGUGCGUUCGAUCAACGAGCAAUCACCAGGAAGUGCACUGAACCCGCCAUCUGUUUCGUCACCGCACCUGACAAAGACCCCGAAAACUCCAGGCAUGACCGAUCUGGCCAGUCCAUUGUCAAACGCCUCCUCUGCUUACGCAAGAAAUCUCAGCAGCAUAGAGCCUUCCAGUAUGCCUAUCGCCUGCCCUCCCGUCGAAUGCCAGAGUUUGGUGCUAAACUUGCUUUUGUGCGACUCGUUCAUCAAUCUACAGCGAGACACAAUAUUUGACUCUUGUCCGUUGUGUGUCUGUAACAUGAACAUCUGUGGUGUUGAAGUCGGCUUCUACGUCGCGCCAAGCAAGAAGCAAGACAAAGGUAGCCUCUCAACGGCGUCCCAUUGGACGAAUAAAUGCACCUGCGGCUUCAGUGCCGUUAGAAAUCGAUACUUAAGUUACAUGUCUGGCAUGUUCCUCGAAGAUGAGGACGAUGCCACAGACGCGGCAUGGAACAAUGCGACAGCUUCAGCCGUCGCCCCCGCCAAGACCGAUUUCACCAAGGAUAUCGUUGAACUGGUCCGUUACCAGAGUCUGGCGUCCGAUCUCACCUGUUCGUUGCUGCAUUUUCGUCCGAGCUGGCAGGCCCUCGACGCCAAAGCGGCCAACAGACCACCGAAGUACGACGUGAAUGCGGUCGAACUGCAGGACUUUAGCCACCUAUGCCAAAUGGCUCUGGAGCAAGCGUGCAUUGCCAUGGACUGCGCCGUAUCGAAUCGCAGCGAUGCGCAGUUAACGACCAAACCGUGGCUGCAUCGAUGGGGAUAUCUGAUCGCCGAUGAACUCAGCAGCAGUUUGGAAACUAUGUCGCUCUUACGGGUUUUGCUGCCAAUUCUUCAAGUGUCUGUUCAGAAGCCACGCGGGUUGUGGCAAGCUAAGCACAGCGUUGAAGGUCCAUUGACUUGGAGACAACUGCACCGGAAAUGUACUCACCGGCCAGGCAGUACUGGUCGAGAAGACCUUAGUGGUCCAGAGCCUAUUCCACAGCUCCUGGUAGCCACCGAUCGUGAAUGGAUCAAUGUAAGCCCCUUCAGUCUGCGUCUUUGGGAUCGCCUGUCGCUCGAACCAUAUGGUCACCCGAAAGACGUCGCCUACAUUGCGGUCGUGCCUGACAGCCGCUUCGUUCUGUUGAAAGCGAGUGCGUUCUUUCAAGAGCUGAGCAAGAUGUACCAAGGCAUGAGACUGGGCAGACACUGUCCAAUCACGCGAGUGUUGAAAGACGGCAUCAUGAGAGUCGGAAAUGCGUUUGCUAAGCAACUCAGAUCGAGAUUGAAACUGUAUGCUCAAGUUUGUCGCCAUUACUUGGCUCCACAGCUGUGUUCGCCGUUAGGCAGCGCUUUCGACCCAUCAGUUUUCCGUGACCUGAGUAAAGAGAGUCAGUCAUGCAGCGGUAACAGUGGCAGCGGCGACUCAGCGAUGCCCCCUCCGCCGGCUCCCGGUUCGUUGCCAACGCAAGCAUCGACGACCAGCGGCAUGGAAAACAUGUUCAACGACUCAAACCUAGCCGACGCUUCCGACACGGCGUCCGGUGAGGACAGCACAUUCCCACACGUUGUUGUCAUUUACUUAGUAAACCCGUUCAAUUUUGGACCAAACGAGCAGGAAGAUGGUCUCGCCCAGCUGGUGACCACCGGUCUUUUUCGCUGCUACUUGGAAAUACUGCGAGACGUGCCAGAGCAUUUACGCGGAAGCAUGCAACUUCAUAUCAUUCCUUUACAAACCGUACUAGAUGUCUCUUUGCCGGACGAAUGGGAACGAAUCAGCAUCGGCAAGGCAAAAGUUCAGCAACCUUCGCUUAGCCAGACUGAUCACUUACGAACAUUAGCUUUAAACGUCUUCACUCAAAUACGAAGUGUUGGAUUUUCCUGUCUCCAGAACUUGCAGGCUAAAGUUCUGACCGGUUUUGGUCCAGCAGCAAGCAGAUGCGAACUGCUGAAGAAGAAGGAGAAGUUUUCCGACUUCAAGGUUUACUCCCCAGCCGUCGUGUUGGCCCCCGUUCACGACCAUCGCACCUCUCAACUGAGCGGCAUUUCUGCAGCAGUCAACGAGAACCGUGAUGACCAUGGCCAGGUGCUUUUCCUUUCGUACUGUCUUUCUUCUCAACAACAUUGGCUUCUGGCGACGGUUACCGACCAGUACGGGCUGAUGCUGGACAGCUGUGUGAUAAACCUUAAUGUGCAAGAACGUCGGAACGUUGUCAGACGCGAGAUCAUCUGGAAUGCUCUAAGUCGGUUGUGGGAUUUUAUAGUGGGCAUCUUAGCGAGCAGCUGUAAGCCGUGGCGGCUGGUAAUCGGUCGGUUGGGUCGUUUGGGGCAUGAAGAGUUGAAGGGCUGGGCCCAUCUGCUGAGCAAAAAUCACCUGAAAACCACCAGUAAGUUCUUGCGGGAGAAAUGCUCGGUUUGUCAGCCGAUGCCGUCGGUGUUCGAAACGCCGGCCAUUCUGUCAGCCUGUCUGGUGAGCACUGAACUGGAGGUCAACCUGCGUGUCUUCCCUCACUCGUUUGUUCAUGACGAUCGCUUUGGCCAAGGAGCGAAGCAGUGUUCUCUAUCGUCGCCGGACGACGUAUCCUGUACGCACAUCAUGGUAUUCCCAACGUCGGCGCUGAUUCAGAUGAAUCAGAACUGCGUUAUUUCUGGUGGUUUGCCCGGUUCAGAUGAAAACGAUGGCGAUUUUGAUAGUCUGAUGGAAGAACUGAUGAAUGGCGAGGAAGGGGGUUAUCUGAACGACAUCUUCAGCAGCAUGGGUGACUCAAAUCUGAUGAACGAAAACCCAGUAACGUUCGACUCAGCCAUGCAUCAGAAUAAGGUUUUGUCGCUACCGGACACUUCUGAUGAAAGUAUCCAGCUGCAGCCGCUGGCUCUUGGAUUUCUGGUAUCUACUGCUCCAUCUGGGCCGUUGCCUGACUGGUUCUGGACCGCCCGACCGUCAGCACAGUACCUGCUUCCUGUCCCUUUACGCUCGGCUUUGCAUAUCAACACAUCCGGUGUGCAACAGAGUGAUGAUCAGCUGCUGCCCGGAGGUGCUAGCAGGUAUAACAGCGGCGGAUGCGCGCACCCACUGGACUCGAACCUGACGACGGACGUGCUUCGUUACGUACUGGAGACGUACAAUGCUUUAUCUUGGCUGUCGCUAGACAUGAGGACCGGCGAUCGCCUCAGCUGCUUUCCCCUGCACAUGCAGGCGCUGUCCCGUUUAUACCGGGCCAUGGAGGCUGUCAUUCCGUAG